UGUACAUCAAACAAACAUGGCGACCACAGUCUUGGUUGUUGCGUUGGCAUUCGUGUAUUUGGCGGAUGCUACUAACUUUAAAGAUGGUGAAAAGGUGUUGAUGUAUGUAAAUAAAGUUGGACCAUACUUUAACCCACACGAGACAUAUCACUACUACCAACUUCCAGUAUGCAGGCCAAAAAAGAUUGAACACAAGAGUCUGACACUAGGAGAAGUAUUGGAUGGAGACCGCAUGGCUUUGUCUAUGUAUGACUUAGCAUUCAAACAAAAUGCUGAUAAGAAAGAGCUUUGUAAAGUUGCCUACACAGAGGAUGAACUUCAACUUCUCCGGGAUGCCAUUGAAGAUAUGUACUACUUCGAGUUCGUUAUUGAUGACAUCCCAGUACGAGGGUUCAUAGGUCACCUAGAGGAGGGUGGGUAUCUACCCCACACUCACAAGAUAUACCUGUGGGCCCACCUCAACUUUAAUAUAGAAUACAACGGUGAUCAGAUCAUUUAUGCGAAUGUGACGACAAAGGAACAAGCACCUGUUGGACUUGACUCGGUCACAGCUCCAUUUGAGGUGGCAUUUACUUACAGUGUCAAGUGGCACAAAACUGAAAUGAAAUACGAAGAAAGAGGAAAACGUGUCCGAGACAACAGCUUCUUUCCUAAGACACUGGAGAUCCACUGGCUGUCCAUCAUCAACUCCAUGGUACUGGUGUUCCUGCUGAUUGGUUUUGUUGUCAUUAUACUGACUAGGGUGCUGAAGAGUGACUUUGCCAGGUACAAUGUGGACGAGGAGGAAAGCGAUGAUUUGGAUAAUGACGACAACGGCUGGAAAAUCAUCCACAGUGAUGUUUUCAGGUUUCCCAGUUUAAAAAGUCUCUUCUGCGCUAUCCUAGGUGUGGGGACACAGUUUUUAGCUCUAGCCACAGGGAUUAUGAUGAUGGCUAUGCUUGGGAUGUUCAAUGUCCACAGACACGGUGCUAUCAACUCGGCUGGAAUCAUACUCUUCGCAUUCACUUCAUGUAUCGCUGGAUAUGUAGCAGCCAACAUGUACAGGAAACUAGGGGGAGAUAACUGGGUUUGGAAUAUCAACCUUACAUCUUGUUUAUUUGCCGCACCCUUCUUCUUUGUGUGGGCAGUUGUGAACUCUGUUGCCUGGGGUUACGGUACAACGCAGGCGUUACCGUGGACAACAAUUGUGUUACUUAUGUGUUUAUGGUUGUUUGUUGGCUACCCCCUCACUGUAUUAGGAGGGAUUUUCGGUAAAAACUGGGCCAAUGGAUUUGACGCCCCAUGCAGAACAAAAAAUAUAUCACGAGAGAUUCCACCGGUACCUUGGUAUAGGUCAUCAUUUGCCCAUUGUGUUGUGGGUGGAUUCCUGCCCUUCAGUGCAAUUUCUGUGGAGCUGUACUAUAUCUUUGCCACACUCUGGGGUCGAGAGCAGUACACACUGUACGGAAUCUUAUUUAUAGUGUACGGGAUACUGCUGAGCGUUACAGCCUGUAUCUCCGUGGCCCUAACCUACUUCCAGUUGUCAGCCGAGGACUACAGGUGGUGGUGGCGAUCCAUCUUCAGUGCCGGAUCGACAGGCAUCUUUGUGUUCCUGUACGCCACAUUUUACUACUUCAAACGCUCCAACAUGUCCGGUGCCUUGCAGACUCUGGAGUUCUUCGGCUAUACUGCACUCAGCUGCUACGUUUUCUUCCUCAUGCUUGGAACUGUGUCCUUCUUUGCUUCUCUCAAUUUUGUACGAUAUAUUUAUGUCAACCUUAAAAUGGAUUGAUCACGCAACCAUCGUCAGUUGUUAUAUCAUUGUUAAGACAGAAAUAUUAAUCCUGAAUAAUUGAUUUGAAUUUGUUUUCAUUAUCUUAACUCUAUUAGCAUAUUUUGGUGUCAUAUUUUAGCUUCAAGUCAUUUCUGUUUGGUUUAACAUUUAAUAUGGUAUGACCUCCAUUUAUUUUAAUUAUUGUGCACAGGAUUCAAAAGAAAAAACUGUUAACAUCAUAAAAUCUUCGAAAAGUAUGAAAUAUGUAGAAUCUUAAGGAAAUAAAUUUUAUAUCAUAAUUCAUAUUUUAUUUAAUCAAAAAAAAAAUAUUUGAGGUUUUGUUAUUUUCUUGUUAUUCAUUAAAGAUUGUAAAAUAAUCAACUAUUUUUGCAUCCAUUUUGUAGAAUAUAUAUGAAUCGCUGUAUGUGAAUUUAUUUUAUUUACAUAUGACUGCCUGUCCGAGAGUUUGAGCCUGAUGCUGGAAGACAGUUUCAUGCAUUUAUUAAAUACUGGUUGAAGAUUCCGCAUUAUCGCAACUUUCUAUUUUAGUAUUUUGAAACAUUGUAAGGAAUUUUUAAAAGUCUCCCUAUAAGAGUUGCAUCUUUUGUUACAAAUUUCAAUUUGAUAAAUAGGUUAACGUUAUAUUUGGUUUUAAAACUUCUUUAUGGAGACUAGCUAUAUUUGGAUUUAAUGGGGUUUUUUGGGGUUUUUUUUUUACAUUUCAUUCACAGGAAUGCUUUCAGAUGUUAGAAAUCAAUUUGCUUUCUGUAUAGAAAAGUUUGAUCUACUAGUUUAGGGUUUUGUUUAAUAAAGCAUAAAUUUAAUUGUCAAUUCUUGUCUGGGGUCGUUUAUCACAUACUUUUUCACCUUAAAACUGCUGUCAGUUUCAUGCCAUGUGUAGGCAAUAAUUUUAUACCCCUGGUAUUGCUUGCAGAUUUAUUGGUUAAGGUCAAACUUAGCAAUAAUGUUUGAGAGGUGUCUGUCUCUCUAUAAGGUCUUAUUUUUGGGUAGAACAGCUUACAUAUAUACAGAUGUAUAUAUUUGGGGACUAGAAUUAUGCUAUUGGGUCCGUGUCAUGCUAGAAUGAAGGACAAAUUUGUUUACAUGAAUGACCUUGACCCUCUUUAAGGUUGCAAGGAUCAUCUUUUUAAGACACUUUUGAAUGAUAAUACAAGGUCAUGAUAGAUUACUUGUACAUGAAAGGAUAGAAAGUUUGGAACCCUCAUGGUUGACCUUGAGAGUUUUACCUUGCCAACAUAAAGGUCACACAAAACAGGUGAUGGAUACAGGCCCACUGAGCCUCUAUUUAUCAUUUUGGAAUUUUAUGUAAAAACUAGCUAACAUUUCUGUAUAUUUAUGAUUAACUGUGAAUGUUUCACAGUGAAUUUGAUAUUGUUUGUUUUAGGAAAACAUGAAAUAACUUUAAAUCACUUUUGACAUAAAUCACAAGUCACAUAAAUUUUAUCAUAAAUUACUGACUUGUAAUAUACAUAUGUGUUGAAUUUUGUUACUAGGAGAUGUUAGGAAACUCUACAUUGGACCAGAAUCUCUACACCGAGUCCAUAGCAACACUGGUUUAUCUUAACUAAUCCUAACUCCGGACUUUGUCAGUUUCAGACAUACACAAUACUAAAUACACUCCUGUACAUUACUGUCAUGUAUACCUGCCUCAAGUGUGAUGUCCUAGUUUCUGGCCUCUUAUUAAUUACGAGAUGUGUAUGUUGUAGUAGCUACUUGUUACUUUGUAUGUGUGCGCAUGCAUGCAUGUAUGUGUGAGCGCGUGUGCACGUAUGUGUCAAGUUCAACGGCGCUGAGCAGUCGCAAAUGACCAGUUAAUUUAAAUGAAUUUUUCCACUUAAGUUUGUCCAUAGAAAAGACUAAUUGGAAUUAAGAAAUAUAUUUUAGUUAAGGAUAAUUUUUCUGAAAAUUCUUUCCUACUGUAAAUCAUUAGAUUUCGCGAGUACUUUAUUUUGUGACCUCACUUCUUCAGACAUAUUCACGAAUACCUGAUUUCACGAAUGCCUAUUAGGGUCAUGGACUCAGCAAGACUUGUAUAUAGGUAACCAAUAUCUUGACCGCUAUGCAAAGGUGUUAUUUUCAUACAAAUAAUAGCAAAGGAUUUGAAUUCGUGAUCGACUCUCCUCGCAUAUUAACGUGAAAAUAAAUCCCACGCGAAUGUUAAGUGAUUUGUAGUAUUUAAUGUUGAGGAACAUAAACAUCUCUGACUAGAUAGCUCAUUUGGUUAGAGAGGCGAUGUAUAGUUCCGAGGGCCUGGAUCAGAACCUUAGAGAGUCCAUUAGGUUUAAGGCACACUAGAGGCGUGUGAUGUAUGAUAUGUAUGCUGGUUUAGGUCAAGACCUGUUUAUAUACAUUUCAUUUUAAUAGGACGAGGAAAAACAUGGGGCCAGUUGAUUUGGUCUGUAGGCAAGUUGAUAUUGAUGACUAUUUGCCUGAUUGCAAAAUUUCUCAUAUUAUUUACCUUUUCUUCUUUAGUUAUUUAAGAUACGACUAAAUCAGUUUAACUGAACCACUAUAUUUCACCUUUUAGUUAGUACUUUUGAACCCAGACUUUCCCAAAGGAUCAGUGAUAUGCUGAAUGUUUUUUCCUACCCAGCAUUUGAUUUAUCAUUUACAUCAUUCGUAUGUGUGGAUCAAGUGUAACAAACAGGCUUCAGCUAUAAUCAAUAUAAAGUGUUUUUGUUUCUGGCAUAACCAGUAUAAUUAAAGAUGGCUUGGAGUCGCAGGAUACAGUUUCGCACUAAACAUGUGACUAGUUAUUUGUAUAUAGGUCCGUGUUUUCCGGCUCAUCACUUCGUCCUGUGUUCUACUUUUGCUCCUUUAGGCAAAUUAGUCUUUACAUCUUAACAACAACAAAAACACUAUAGUAAUUUGUGCAUUUGUAUCUACCGGAGUGGAUAUGUGUAAAUAGAGCGGGUUACUUACAGUUAUCAUGAUUUUUUUUAUUUAUUUUAAUUUCUGCAUAAUUCUCUGCCAGAGGAAGGUCAGUGUGUACCAGAAAUU